AAUUAAGAAAAAGAAGAAAGCAGUGGUGGGAAGAAAAAAGGCCCCGCCUCUUGGGUUUUCAUUCGGUACGGUCGAUCUUCCGUUUCCCAUUAUUUGCUCUCGGGUUGAUCGAUCGAUCAUGGCCGUUGAUUCUGUGUGCGAGAAGGACGCGAAGGCCCUCCAGUUCAUCCAGGAGAUGACGGCGAAUGCGGACGCCGUGCAGGAGAAGGUUCUGGCGGAGAUACUGAGUCGGAACGCCGAGACGGAGUACCUCCGCCGGUUUGGACUCGGCGGGUCGACGGACCGGGGCACGUUCAAGGCGAAAGUGCCGGUGAUCACUUACGAGGAUCUUCAGCCGGAGAUCCAACGAAUCGCUGACGGCGACCGCUCUGCCAUCUUAUCGGCGCACCCCAUCUCCGAGUUCCUCACCAGUUCAGGAACUUCCGCCGGCGAAAGAAAGCUUAUGCCGACGAUUCAAGAAGAGUUGGACCGUCGCCAGCUGCUCUACAGCCUCCUCAUGCCCGUAAUGAACUUAUACGUGCCGGGGCUGGACGAGGGCAAGGGACUGUACUUUCUGUUCGUGAAAGCAGAAUCGAAAACCCCCGGCGGCCUGCUGGCCCGACCGGUCCUCACCAGCUACUACAAGAGCGACCACUUCAAAACCAGACCUCACGACCCUUACAAUGUGUACACGAGCCCCAACGAGGCCAUCCUCUGCCCGGACUCUUUCCAGAGCAUGUACACCCAGAUGCUCUGCGGCCUCCUCAUGCGCUCCGACGUUCUCCGCGUCGGAGCCGUCUUCGCCUCUGGCCUCCUCCGCGCUAUCCGCUUCCUCCAGCUCAACUGGUGCCUCCUCGCCCGCGACAUCGCCGCCGGCACUCUCAACUCCAAAAUCACCUACCCUUCACUCCGAGACUGCAUGUCCAAAAUCCUCACGCCCAACCCCGACCUGGCCGAGUUCAUUGUCGGCGAGUGCUCCGGCGAGAACUGGGAGAGGAUCAUCACCAGAAUAUGGCCUAAAACUAAGUACCUCGACGUCAUCGUCACCGGCGCCAUGGCUCAGUACAUCCCCACGUUGGAGUAUUACUCCGGCGGGUUGCCCAUGGCUUGCACCAUGUACGCAUCUUCCGAGUGCUACUUCGGUCUCAACCUUGAACCCAUGUGCAAACCCUCCAAGGUUUCCUACACCAUCAUGCCAAACAUGGCCUACUUUGAGUUCAUUUCCCACGGCGGCGACUCGGUUGACCCGCCGCCGCGGAGACUGGUGGACCUGGCGGACGUGGAGGUCGGAAAAGAGUACGAACUCGUUAUCACCACCUACUCGGGGCUGUGCCGAUACCGAGUCGGCGACAUUCUCCGAGUGACCGGAUUCCACAACUCGGCCCCGAGUUUCAAGUUCGUGAGGCGAAAGAGCGUGCUGCUGAGCAUCGACGCCGACAAGACCGACGAGGCGGAGCUCCAGAAGGCUGUCGAGAACGCUUCUUCACUGUUAAAGGAAUUCAACACGAGCGUGGUGGAGUACACGAGCUACGCGGACACGAGGACUAUCCCAGGGCACUACGUGAUAUACUGGGAGUUGCUGGCGAAGGACGCGGCGGAUCCGCUUCCGGGGGAGGUGGUGGAGCGGUGUUGCCUGGCGAUGGAAGAGUCGAUGAACUCGGUUUACCGGCAAGGGCGGGUGGCGGACAACUCGAUCGGGGCGCUGGAGAUAAGGGUGGUGAAGAGCGGAACGUUUGAGGAGCUGAUGGACUAUGCGAUAUCGAGAGGGGCGUCGAUUAACCAGUACAAGGUGCCGAGGUGUGUGAACUUUACGCCCAUAGUGGAGCUGCUGGACUCAAGAGUGCUGACGGCGCGUUUUAGCCCGGCGGCUCCCCAUUGGACCUCUGACCGGAGAGGGUGAUCGAGAUCCAGACCGUUGAUCAGUGACGAGUCCUGCCGGUUUGACCAGACGUCAAAAUUAAUUAAGUUUCAGAAAAAUCUUCAUUAUUUUAUGUCUGAAGACCUAAUUAAGUUAUAUGUAUAAUAAUACUAUAAUCUAUGUUUCUAUGUAA